AUGUUGUUCUUCGUAUACUUAAUCUCAUUUUGCUCGUUAGUUUUAGAUUAUAGUGAGUCUGCUCGAAUAUUAGCAGUAUUUCCCGUACCGUCUAUUAGUCAUCAAGUAGUGUUUCGUCCUUUAACCGAAGAGCUAGCCCGAAGAGGACAUGAAGUUACAGUUAUAACAACAGAUCCUGCCUUCCCUAAAGGAGGGACGCCUGCAAACUUAACAGAAAUUGACGUUCAUGAUAUUUCUUACAAUCUUUGGAAAAGUGUGUUCAUAGAACCAGCUACAGGAAAAAUGGACGAUGUAGUUCUAACUUUAAAAUUAAUUUACGAUGCCAUAGCGGCGAUUGCAGAUGCCCAAUUUCAAGACAAAGAAGUACAAAAAAUAAUUCGUGAUAAGAACAAAAAAUUUGAUCUCCUGCUAUCUGAAGCUAUUGUGAGACCUGCCUUAGUAUUUUCGCAUAUUUAUAAAAUACCUGUGAUACAAAUCAGUUCGUUUGGUGGAGCUUUAGACAAUUAUGAGAAUAUUGGAGCUCCAAUAGAUCCUAUUCUUUAUCCAGCCAUUACUAGACAAAGGCUUCAUAAUCUCACUAUUCUAGAGAAGAUAACAGAAGUAUACGAUGACUAUCAAAUAAGGAGAGUUUAUAGAAAUCUUGAAGAAAUCGAAAAUAAAAUACUCAGGAAAAAUUUUGGAGAAGAUGUUCCUCCAGUCUCGGAGUUGAAUAACAAUGUGGAUAUGCUGUUUCUGAAUAUUAAUCCGAUAUUUGAAGGGAUACGACCGGUGCCUCCAUCUGUAGUGUAUAUGGGUGGACUACAUCAAAAGCCUAAUAAGGAAUUGCCUGCGAAACUUAAAUCUUACCUAGAUUCUUCUAAAAAUGGUGUGAUUUACGUAAGCUUUGGAACAAACGUGGAUCCUACUCAAUUCCCAGCUGACAGGAUUACAGUUCUCGUGAAAACACUAUCUCAGUUACCUUACGAUAUUCUAUGGAAAUGGAACGCAGAUGUUCUGCCUGGACGCACGGAUAAUAUACGGAUAGAAAAAUGGCUACCACAAUCGGAUCUUUUAAAACACCCCAAAGUGAAGCUGUUUAUAAAUCAGGCUGGUUUACAGUCAACUGAUGAGGCCAUAUCAGCAGGAGUGCCUUUAAUAGCCUUCCCUGUGUUUGGAGACCAGUCAUACAACGCAGAGCGAUACGAAUUUCUCAAGAUUGGAAAGAAGAUGAAUUUGGAGACCCUUACGGUGGAACAGUUUACGAAUGCCAUCAAGACUGUUAUUGGAGAUGAAAGUUAUCGCAAGAACAUAGAGAAGCUCCGCAAUGUUAUGCGUGACCAGCCUCAACCUCCUCUAGAGCGCGCCGUGUGGUGGACGGAGCACGUGCUGCGUCACGGCGGCGCGAGACAUUUGCGCGGACCUGCAGCCAACAUGUCGUGGGCAGAGUACCUCGAACUAGAAUUAGUGUUCACCUUACUAUUAGGGCUAUUAGCGAUAAUUACAGUAUUAUUUGUAAUUCUCAGAUCUUUAUAUAGACUUAUUUUAGAACAAACGAAACCUGUCAAAAAGGUUAAACAUAGUUAA